GAGAGGUACGGGUGUGGAGGAUGUUGGUAGGGAUGCAGGUGGGUGAGUGGGUGAGUGUGUGUGUGUGUGCCUCUGUUGCUCUCUUUAUCGAUUGCGAGCCAGGAGGAGUCUGUGUUGGACUGUGGUGGUGCUGGUGGUGCUGGUGGUGUUGGUUUUUUGCCAUGGAAGGCGCCCCCAUUAUAUGAUGGACUGCUUUUCCUCAGCCUUUUCAUUUCUCCUCCUCUACCUACCUCUCAACGUCUUUCUUCAAAGGCACUUCCGUGUGUGGUUGUUUUUUUGUUGGUUUUUCGUAACUCGAGAAACUGGCGUUGGGUUACUCAUGAAAGCCACUUUGUCGAAAACGAGGCUGCGUUUGGAAGUGUGUAGUGGUGGUACGAGACUGGGACCAAGAGUUACUUGCUGAGCCUCAGCCUCUUGUUUCGUGGCCGUCUUCAAAAUGACCUCUUACUCAUCCUCCUUCUUUGUCUUCUGUCUACUUGUGUGUAUUUGUACAUCAUCAGUGUGGAGUCUUCAAGUUACGCCAAACUCGCCUUGCGCAACAUUCUGUCUGGACGAUCCAACGGCAGAUGUCUCGGAUCCAUAUUCUUCCAACACGAAUGGGUCGGACAUCGCCUGUAACGAUGCAGACUACGACAAUACUGCUGUGGGGAAGAAGUUCAAAUCGUGUCUGAAUUGUCUUCAAAACAGUACGGCCUCAAGUGGGAGUGAGAAUGAUCAAGGAUGGUUCUUCUAUAAUCUUCGAUAUGCAUUUGACACUUGUAUAUACGCUGCUACGAAUGCUUCAGAUCCAAUUUCGACUCCUUGCUCAACAGAUACCGUCUGCGCGCCUCUGCAAAGUGCUCUCGAAGAGGGCAUUCAGGAUGCUUCGACUAUGGGAGACGAGUACUCUUACUGCGCUGCCGACAAUAACGCUUUCGUCGGCCCAAACUUGGGAGCUUGUCAAACAUGUCUGAGAGAAAACAGUAAUGUAUUCUACCUGUCAAACUUCCUCGUAGCCCUCGACGCAGGCUGCCAACAAGAUCCCCUUCCCAGCAACACAACAGUCGGCCUAAACACAACCCUCUUCUCCACCACCCAAGUAUCCAUCAUCUCCCCCAUAAGCACCUCAAUCACCCCCACCACCAAGCACCACAAACGCCUCUCCACCGGCGCCAUAAUCGGCAUCGCCAUAGCCGGCCUCAUCAUCCUCCUCCUCCUCUCCGCCAUCUCCUUCAUCACCAUCCGCAAGCGCCGCAACGCCACCCGUCUGCACCUCCUCCGCUCUCCCCUCGACUCCCGCUUCGGCGCCGAAAACAUCACCGCGCCCAACAAAGGCGCCUACUCCUCCCCUCAAUCCUCGCCUUCGCUCCAACAAAAAGACAACAGUAUCCAGAUGCAACACGCGCCCAGCGUCCGCAACUUCAGUUUCUCGCGACCCUUGCACCGAGCCGGGGAAUGGACCGGCGCUGCUCCUGCUCCUGCUCCGUCGUCCAUCCACUCGAGCAGUCCGCCCGGCUACGAGACGCCCGUCUCAGGCGUCCCGGCGCAUCACGCGUAUAUCCCGCCCCGGGACCCGGAUUCAGCAGCGUCCUACGACCCGAACUCACCACUGUACAUCUCUCCGCCUCAGCCUCCCGCCCCGCCGCCCGCAACAUCGCCGUCCGCGUCAACAGCGUCCACCAAUCCGUCGCCGCGGUACAUCCACCGGUCCUCGCCGUCCAUCCGGACCCUCACCAGCCCCGCGCGCUCGCCUCCCUUCCAAUUCUCGCCUAAGCCGUCGCCGAAUUUACCGCUGAACAGCCAUCCGGGCGGGGGCAGCGAGGAGGAGGCGAAGAGGGCGCGGGAGCGGUUGUAUAGGGAGGGGCUGGGGGGCAGGACGUUGGUUCAUGGGCGGGAGGAGGUCGAGGUCCCGGUGCAGGAGACGAGUCGGAGUCCGGAGAGUGAUAGUGGGAGUGAGGAGCUUUGGCCUGGGAGUUAUUGAAUACAAAGGAUCCUUGAGAGAGGAAUAGGAAAGAGGAAUGAGAGAUCGGUGUAAGAAGGAUAGGGUGUUGGCAUUUUUCCAGGCAACGGAACGGAAUGGACAGAUAUGGGGAUAAAUUUGUGAAUUUGGAUUCUGGUAUCAGGGUAGGUGGAAGGGCGUUUGGCGCAAGCCGUGGCGUUUGGAGUUGGAUGUUGGGAUUUGGGCUAUGGUAUGCUACAUGAGAGUGAGGGUUAGGCUUCACUUGCGACGUUCUUUAGAUAUCACAGACGGAUAGUAAGUUUCUUUGAAUUAUAAAUAUAUAGUUUUGACUAUUG